GUAAAUUCAAUAUGCCUUUUUCGUGAAUUUUGACGUUGUUGCAUUAUAUUUAAAAUAAAAAAAACAACAACAAUGCAAAUAACAACAAUAAACCCCCGGCGGCAAUAAAAAGUAAAUUGUACAGUCUCUAAUGAAAUAAAACUUAUACUGUAUGACAAAUAUAUCAAUACUUUUAGACAAAACCAGAUGUCGUAGAAAAACUCUCACCAGACAACCCUACAGACAACUGGACAGAAACUCUUAGCAUGAAUGUCAAUAGAAUGCUAAGGAGAAAAAGAGCAUCAUCGAGAAGAAGAGGCAAAAAGCGAUGCAAGAAUUGUCUCCCUGUUGUUCAGAUAGAAGGUGCUGGUGGCUUUGGAAAACAAGACAAAAGCGAUCUGUCUGACUUAUGGGUUACACCUUCAUGGGUGAAUCCAAAAGACAAACAAAUAGCGAAAUAUUUUGAUGUUGGUUCAGUUACUGGAAAAGGCAAAAUCAAAGUCAAGCAAGAGGGAUUGUACUUCGUUUACGCCCAGAUGAAUUUGAUUGGACCAUCUAUAAAGGGAUUUGAUGUGUUUGUGGAAGAAGAUAAUUAUGCACCAGAAUGCAUCACAUCAUGCAAGAGGAAUUCUAACCAAGAUCAAAAUGAGAACUGUUUUACAAUGAAAGUUGUUCGCCUCAAAUCUAACAGUUCAGUGUAUAUUCAAGAAAUGGAAACAAACAGUCGUUCGCAUUAUCUCAAGAAAUCAAGUUAUUUUGGUCUUGUGAAGAUUAGCAGCUAAAACCACGUGUCUUUGCAUUUCUUUCCUUUUCAUUUCUGCCGAUGAUAUUCAUAAACGUAUUACCUCAAAUUCUUUUAUCUAGAAAUUGUGAUUUUCUACUACUUAUUUGGUUAGAAAAUAACCGAAAUAUUGAAACCUUUUGCAGAUGACGUUGGCAGGAAAAUCAAAAAGAGGAUAUCAUGUUAAAAAGGAACCACAAAAAACUACUAUAGCCUCAUGUACAAACUAUUCAGAACUUGAAGACAAAGCAGAAAAUUUAGAUUACAUGGUUAGGCCAUGUGCUACAAUGACAGUUUUGAGACUGGAGAAAAAUGACAUGGUGUAUAUUGAAGAAAUGAAUGAAAACUCAAAAUGUUUGUAUAAUAACCUAUCAGCAGUAUUUGGACUGAUUAGGGUUGGCACAUAAACUCGUUAGUAUUCUCUUGUGGUUACCUUCUACUUCAGUGAACGUAUAACGCCCGUUUUGCACUGGACCUACGGAAUAAAAGGUUUGCCGUGACACAGUACGUAAGGAGUUAUUGCAAUAACCAUUUUGUGCACCAAUGUUUUAUUUGAAAUCUGACUACAUAAAACUAUGUCUAUUAUUGGUUUAGUUUGCAUUUUAUUCUUCCAAAAGAUCUCUGUUAGGAUAUUUUCAUGAGAAAAGAGAAAUGGGAAAAUAUUGUCCUGCUUUCAACCAUCUUGACUAGGCUUUGAUAGUGUUUGUUCUGCUGACACGGGUUAUCUAACCAAUAUUUGUAUAACAAUUUUGGAUGUAAAAUACUGUGAUUUUACCUGUUGUUUAAUUAGUGAUAUAUAUAUACAAUGUAUUAGGAUCUUUCAUAAGAAAAUGGUUUUAAUCUACCUCGAAUUAUUCACAGAAAUGAAGAAUGAUAUUCAUUUGUAAUUUGAAAUGUGUCUUCAUUAUGUGUUUUAACCAGUUAUUAUUAUUAUUAUUAUUAUUAUACCAGAUUUAUAUAGCGCCCUUUUCAUGAUAAACACAUUCAAAGGCGCUUUACAUAUAGCAAACGCAGCCACACAGGGCGCGAAAUUCAUCCUCUAGAUGCGAGAUCCAGAGCGAUCUGACCAGAGGGACAGAGAGAGAUAAAGCCCCAAGAACAGAUAGAGAGAAAUCAUUUUAGAUAAAGGCCUGUCCGGCUAACUUAACCUAGCUCUUUGCGAGUAGACAGCCUGAUUCUUUAACAUGCCCGGUGUAUAGCACCGAUACACGCGAAGCCGUCUUUCCCGGGAAGACCAAGUACAGGCCUCUUAGUUAGGUGGGAGACACUCAAGAGCAUCUCAGAAAUUUCCAAUGCCUGGACUGGGAUUCGAACCUCGUACCUCUGGAUUAACAGUCAAGCGUGUUACCACUAGACCACCGGCCCACCUGUUCAAUUUUGAUAUUACAACAGUACCUGUUUAUACUGUUAACUCCAGACUUGAAAUAUUUUUGUAAACUUAACUUUCCAUUAAGCAAAAUUACUACUUUGAGAUAAGAACACAACCAAAUACUAUAUAUGUUUCUUGAAAGUUUUGUAAAUCUUUGGAAUAUAGGUAUUGUAUUAAAGUCUGAUUUGUGUAAUAUUUUAAGCACAAUUAGCACAAUUGAGUGUUAAGUGAAUAUACACAUGAAUGAAAUGAGCAAUGUUCAUUGUCUUUGUCAGUAAAACAGUACACGAUGUCUUUAUGAGAUGAAUAAAAAUGUAUGAAACGUAUUUUCAAUUAUCAUUUUUGUGUUCUUUUUCAUUUGUUUUUUUUAACUUGUACAUGCAAUGUAUUCUAAUGAAUAAAGAAUUGCAAACCUGUCUCGCAGAUAAAAUAGUGUUACCACAAUGUGCGAAUGUUAUGCUUCUGCCAUGUCGAACUCUGUCUGCUUUGACCAAAUAUUGUUUUUCUGAAACGUAUUUGUUUCAGGCAAAACUGUGCAGUUACAUAUAUUAUUUUGCACAGUGUUUGAAAUGAUGUUUAUUCCUUGUUUAGGAAUAAAUGUAUUUGUCUUUUCAAAAUUUUUUGCUUAUUUUGCAACUUUGAUAUUAAUUUCAAUAUGUACAGAGACUAUGAAAAAAAAAAAAAAAAAAAAAAAAAACAAACAAAAAAACAGACCCAGUUGCCAAAAGUACAAAGCGUGUAUGAUAUGAAAAAGAUAUUGUUUCAGAGAACAAGGAAUGAGGUAUACAAAAUUAUAAAAGAUAAGUCAAAUAAUACGUUCUUGUUCUUUAAAAUUAUAGAAUUUAUUACUAAGACAUAAAAAACUAUGGAAUAAGCGAAACGAUUAUCAAUUUAAGUAACUUGCUAAAUUAACUUGUUAGGUAGUUGAUAAAAUAUAUCGCAUUGCAUGUGACCUUUCUGCAUUGAAGGGAUUUUUUCCCUCUUCGAAGUGUCAGGCUAAUGAUCAGCAUGUAUUUUUGACAUUUAAGACUGUUGUUCUAUUUCUGAAUUUCUAGGAAUAUAAAUAAAUACUCAAGGCCUUGCAGCUAUUGAUAGUUUAUAUUCCUGACCCGCCUUUGUUUAUGAUUUCAACAAAAGAAUGUGGAUAAAUCGUGGGUGAACGUCUAGCUUCAAUGCAAAAGCCCCAGUUUUAUUUAAGCUAUCGAAAAAUGUAGUCAUAUUGAUCAAUUGUGGGAGUUUCCUACAUGUCACUUCUGAAAAUGGAAUACAUAACAGUUCUUAAAAAUCCGGAAACCCAUAUUGACAUUGGAAAUAACGCUGAAAAAAUAGAUAAUCAACGGACGGUUUUAAAAAGGUUGUGUAGCCAUUUUGACAAACGCAAUUUAUGUAUUGGAGUAUUGAUGCUGUUUACGCUAAUAUCAUUUUUGACUCAAUUGCCACUGCACAUGCAAGUACAAACUCAUGAUGAGCAAAUAAAGAAGAAUGUCGAAAAGAUAAAAGAUUUGAUAAUAGUACAGGAAAUAAUACUACAGAGCUUUGAGGGCAAUUACGAUACAGAAAAGGCUAGCAAAAAGGGAGGUCGCCAAACAAGAACAGCAUCUUCAAGCAUACCACAUUUUUAUCUCAAUGGCUCUAGAAGUUCUGGUCGUGUCACAGAUGUUUAUGGACAUUUCAUUUGGAAAAGGCCCGAACAUAGAACCUUUAACAGGGACAAUGACUUUUUCGAUGCAACCAUCAAUUCAGACAAUUCGCUUACGAAAGUUAGAAUUCUGAGAAGUGGUGUGUACUUUGUGUUUGCGAAAGUUACAGCAAAUGGAAGGAGCCCACUACAAAGUAAUGUAAGACCAUCAGUUGGCAUCUAUUUAAAGAAGAAUGAUGAGGUACUGGAUAUUGCCUGGACAACACAGGACAACAGGGGAGGCAUUUACAACGUUCUUCGAGGUCAUUAUAGUUCUGAUGAAAUAAAAUAUCCCAUGGAUUCAUUGUCUGUAUCUGGACUUCACAGAUUAGAAGCAAAUGACGAAAUUUAUGUGCAAAGACCACCCGAUACAGUGAAUAGUAGAGUCGAACGAUUUCUCGUUGAAAACAAUAAGGCAGGUUUUGGAGCAUUUCUUGUUGAAGCAGAAUGUUCAAGUUGUUGAGAAACAAAUCAGCCGAGCUUGAAAACUGAAGUGUCAAUGCUGGCUAUUUGUAAAUUGACACACUGCAGGUUACCUUUGUAUAGCUCCUUACUGUGGUGAAAGCUGAAAUGAUUAUAUGAGUGUUUUUAAAAUAUAUUUCAUGAGAAUAACGCACAUGCACUGAUAUUUUGAGAAAAUAAACACAGUUUAUUUAGGAGGAGUCAUCCUUAAAAAUGCAAUAUACAUAUGUUAAUUCAUUAGUUCUCCUUUUAGUAUAUCAUUUGCAGAAAUAAGUUAAAUGAAAUCUAACAAUUAAUGUAUAAUUGCAGAUACUGUGAUGUCUCAGACAACAUUUUAACUGAAAAUCUUUGACCUUUUUUGAAUUUUGUGACAUUUUUCAAUUGAUUUAAAAAUAAGGCGGUGCUAAUAAUGUGAGUAAGCUUUUCUAGAAUCUAGGUUUUUGUUUUUUAUUUCUUUAAUGCUGUUUACGCUAUGCAAGUUGUUGAAGUAUAAAUGUUGUUUUUUUCUCGCUAUACACUCGUGAAUAAUGUAUAUUCAAUUUUCCAUAUCACCAGUAUAUAUAUUAUAUCAAAGGUCUAAAUCGGUGAUAUUAGAAACAGUAUUAAACGUUUUGAACCGUUAUAAAAAUAAAUUUGAUAGUGAUACUUUUAAAUUUAAAAUUUAUUUUAAAAUAAUUUUCACGACCUACAAUAUUUUACAAUAAUUUUCCGAGCUGACGUAGGAGCACAAUUAAAAAAUUUGGAAGCAGAAGAUGAAUAAUUAAAUUUUUAAACCAACUAUCUAUAUUUCAGAAAUGCUUUUCACAGAUAAACAAAUAACAAACUUGCAAAUGUAAGGAGAAUAAUAAUUUGAAAUGUUUGGUAUGAAUAUGCAAACACUUAAAGGGAGACAAUUAGAAGAUUUUUAUGUGUAUCAGUAUUUGACGAACAGGUCAUUCUCUGCGUAUUUGUAGUUUCAUAAUGCAGUUUUGACAUUGGUAUCGCAAAUAGUCGAAUAAUACUUAUUAUUGCUUUUAGAGUAAAUUGAUUACUACUGUGUUAUUUUUGUUUUCACUAUGAGAAACACUUAGGCUUUUGCAUAUAUUCUGAAGCUUUUUAUUGCUGUAUCAGAGACAAAAUGAUACUGUUUGAUGGACGCUUCCUCCUUAUGAGGAGUGCCGACAUUUUAUGACUCUAUGAUUCAAUGUCUUAUCUUCGUUUCUUCUUUAAUCGGUCAAAUCCACCUGAAAGAAUUUUAUUCAAAAGUCGCAUGACCAAUACACUUUAUGUUAGUGUUUUAUAAUGCAGUGUUUUGUAAAUCAUGCAGUUUUUAAAUUAUUUUUUCAGACAGGUCACGUGAAAGCAGAAGAGCUAAGUAAAGACUAUCAUAUGUAAAUAGUAAAGAAUACAAUUCAUUGCUUUUAUCUGUUCUCAAAGUUUAGACAUAUUUAAGAACGAUUAAAGGGAGACAAGCAAAAUAGGAAUUAUCUACUUGACCAAAGUACCUUUAUGUUUUGUUCAUUUUGUAUAUAAUAUUUAUGUUUGUAUUUUAAACUGCUAUAGGGCGAUUCUGCAGCAAAUAAUUGAUACUGUUUGAUAUGUUUUGUAACAAUAUGUUAUACCACACGGCUAAAUAUCUUUAACGUAUUUUGUGUCUAUCGUUUAUGCAUCAAUACAUACAAUGUGGUGUUGUUCUGUUUUGGUAAGACUGCAUUCUCGGCUUUUGUAUUGGAUCUUCCGUCUCUCCUAUUUAUAUUUCAAAUGUCGAGUGAAGUUUGAUUUUCAUGAAAUAUAUUUUUCCCAGUUACGGUAUCAUUUUAUAUUUGUAAAACUGAAAGAAUUUACUUUAAAACAUCAAAACUUCAAGAUGAAUUAAGAACUAUUAGUGAAUUAUCCAUAAUAGUAGCUAAAAGAUAAAUUCCAUAAGCGGAAGAUAGAAUCAAGUUAUAUCCGACGUUUCACGAAAUGAUUCUUUGUAUAUCCACACUAUUUGAUGCAAUUAGUAUUUAUCAUGAAUGUAAAAGUGUUAAAUUUAUGUGUAUAAUUAACCCAUCAAGACUUUUAUUUGGCAUGUAAACACAAACGUUAGUAGAUAUCAUACAUUUGACAGUGAAGUAAUUUACUGAAGUUUUUAUGAAACAGAUGAAAAAGUUAAAAUUUCAGAACCUUUGAAAUGUCUUAAUGAUUUUAAGGCUUGAACCCAUGAUACAUUAAGGCGCCCGAAUUAAAAUGGUCAUGAGUCAUCUAGCAUGGGAUGCCAAAUGCAUUUUAUGAAAUAACAAAUAAACUAUAUUCAGAAUGAAAUAUAUAAUUGCAGAUACUGCAAUUAUUAGACAGCAUUUUAACUGAAAAGUCUUUGACCUUUUUUGCAUUUUGUGACAUUAUUCAAUUUAGUUAAAAACAAACCAUCGCGGUGCUAAUAAUGUGAGUAAGAUUGUAAGGAAACCUAGUUUCUCAUUCCACAUUGCUAUUUACUCUAUGCAAUUUGCUGAAAUACUGUGUUUUCUAACUGAAGUGUUAAUGGGAGUUUUUCACACGCCCUAUGCGCCCUCGAAUAAUGCAUAUCCUAAUUUCACGCAGAACAAACAAAUUUAAUCUGUAAAUAUAUUAUAUCAAACGGUCUAAAACGGUGUUAUUAAAAACAGUAUUAAAGAUUUGAAGCGUUAUAAAAUAAUACAAUUUGAAAGUGAUACUUUUCAAGACCGUCAUAGGAGCACAAUUCAAAAAUUUGGAAGCAGAAGAUGAAUUAUUAAAUUUUUAAAACACCGAUCUACAUUUCAGAAAUGCUUUUAACAGAUAAACAAAUAAUAAACUUGCAAAUAAAACCAGAUAUAAUUUGAAACUUUUAACAUGUGCGAUUUGGUAUAAAUAUGCAAACACUUAAAGGGAGACAAUUAAAAUAUUUUUAUGUGUAUCCGUAUUUGACCUUGGUAUUUGUAGUUUCUUUAUGUAGUUUUGACAUUUGUAUAGCAAACAGUUAAUACUUGUUAUUGCUUUUAAAGUAAAUUGAUUACUACUUUUCUAUCCUUUUUUGUUUUCACUAUGAGAAACAGUUCAGACCUUUGCAUAUUUUCUGAAGUCUUUUUGUUGUUCUAUCAGAGAAAAACUGAUACCGUCUCCUAAUUAGGAGUGCCGACAUUUUAUGACUCUAUGUUUCAAUGUCUUAUCUUCGUUUCUUCUUUAAUCGCUCAAAUCCAACCUGAAAGAGAAAUUAUUCGAAUGUCGCAUGACAAAUAUAAUUUAUGCUAAUGUUUUAUAAUGCAAUGUUUUGUAAAUUAUGCAGUUUUUAAAUAACUUUUCAGACAGGUCACGUGAAAGCAGUAGAAAGUAGUUUGAAACUAAGUAGAUUAUAAUAUGUAAAUAGAAAAUGAUACAAUUUAUUGCUUUUGUCUGUUAAACAAGAAUGUUCCCAAAGCUUUGACAUAUUUAAGAACGAUUAAAGGGAGUCAAGCAAAAUAAGAAUUAUUUACUUGACAAAUAUACCUUUAUGUUUUGUUAAUUUUGUAUAUAAUAUUUAUGUUUAAAAAAUAAAUUGUAUUCUAGACUGCUAUAUGGCGAUUCUGCAGCAAAUGAUUGAUAACGUUUAAUAUGUUUAGUAAUAUAAUAAUAUGUUAUACCACACGGCUUAAUAUCUUUAACGUAUUUGUGUCUGUCGUUUUUGCAUCAAUACAUACAAUGUUGUGCUGUUUUGCUUUGGUAAGACUGCAUUCUUUGACCUUGAAACCCUUUUUUUGUAUUGGAACUUCCCUCUUUCUUAAUUAUAAAUCAAAUGUCGAGUGAGGUUUGAUUUUCAUGAAAUAUAUUUUUUUUCCAUUUACGAUAUCAUUUUUAACAUACAAGUAUCAUGCUAGUAUUUCACUUAGAUGUUCUCUACCACUCUCCGUAGUUGACAGGACCCCAAGGAAGAAAAGUGUUUGGCUCAUUGGACUACCCUCUGUGUAAAUAUUUUGUUGCACAUCAUCAUGAACACAUAUAACUAUUUGUUUUUAAUAAAAUUUGAAAGCUCAAUUGAAUAUUAUAUAAUUUUCUCAACGCAGACUCUUCACUGGAAAAUAAUGACAACCGCGCGCUUCUGUAAAAGUUUGACACGCACAAAAGUUACACGAACGACUCCUUUAUAAUAAUGCAACGUUUUAUUGAAAACUAUAGAAAUUUUGUUUUGUAUCAGGUGUAGUCAGAUGCACUUAACAAAAUAUUAUAAAUAUAAUUUAUUUGAAAGUCGCAUGACCAGUCAGUUUGUUAGUGUUUGAUCAUACAAUGUUUUGUAAAUUAUGUAGUUUUUAAAUAAUUUUCAGAUAGGUCAUGUUAAAGCAGUAGGACAUAGUUUAAACAUUAGUAAAAAAUAGAAAAGAAUACAAGCCAGUGUUUAUUUCUGUUCAAUAAGAUUGUCACAAAGCUUGGACAUAUUUAAGAACUGUUAAAGGGAGACAAGCAAAAUAGGAAUUAUUUACCUGACCAAUGUGACUAAGAAUGUAAAUUGUUAUGUAUAAAAUAUGUAUGUUUAAUGAAUUGAAAUAUAUUUUAAACUGCUAUAGGGCGUUUCUGCAGCAAAUAAUUGAUACUAUUUGAUAUAAUACUCAAAUAGUUUACUCCAGAACUUCAGGAUUUGUUGAGAACGAUUACGGAAUCAAUAUGAAUUAAAGGGCUAUCUUUCCAUAAUAUUAUAAUAACUAGAAGAUAAAUUCCGUAAGCGAAACAUGGAAUCAAGUUAUAUCAGACUUUUGACAAAUUCAUUUUCUAAAUAUUUAGCCACAAGAUUAAAUAUUGGUAUUUGUUAUGAGUAUAAAUGACUCGUAUUAUCAAAAUGUUUGUUUUUCAUAUUGAAUGGGAAUUUUAUCAUAAAAAGCAGAAUGAAGGUGUUUUGUAGUAGCAAGUAAGUCUCAUUACAAAGUUUUGAAUAUGCAAUUAUCAUGUAUUCUAGAUGUAUUCUAUACUUCUUUGCCGUCUAUAGGAACCCAAGGAAGAAAAGUUUUAGGCUUAUUGGGCCAUCCUCUAUGUACAUAUCUUGUUGUAUAUUAUCAUGUCCACAUAUAACUGUGUGUUAAAUAAAAUUUGAAAGCUAAAAUGCA